AACAGACUAAUAAUUUACAGCGCUGGCAUCUCUCGACACAAUAAAAUGACAUUUGCACUGUCUUUUAUUGUACAUUCUUAAAUUCGACCAUCGGCAUACAAGUGGAAAAUUGCAUUUUAAUUCUGGAUUGGAUAAUAUAAAGUUUUGUGAAAAUUGCCGGAAAUAUUAAGACGUUUGAUAAAUAAUCUUCCUCUGUUGAACCAAUAUUGAUAAGUUGGAUGAAAUUUUUUUUCGGGUUGUAAAAGUUUUACAUAAGAUUGCAGCUGCGUAUGAUUUCUGAAUACAUAUAAUAUUAAUACGCACCUAUGUAUAGAGGCAAAUAAAGCAUAUGGAUUUUCCUAUAAAAGUAAUUAAGAAAUUCCUGAGUUCAUAAUAAAAAAAAUGAAUGCGAAAUAUUUAGCAUAUGCGAGUUAUUAGAAAAACACUAAAGUGUAUUAUUAAGAAGUUUUAAAAUCCGAAUAAUAUUUACAACCAAAUAAAAAGUAUCAACGAUGGCCCAACGUAACAAUGCACGCAUCGAUCGCUUUGCUCAGAUGACCAAGCAAGAAGAAAUAAUAGCAAAGAAGCGUCAGGAGAUUUUGGAAAAACAAAGAACGGCGCAAUUGGCCAAAGCGGUGGCUGCUGCCCAGAGUUUAGCGGCAAAGUUGAAAUCGGACGUAAAUGAAGCAGAAACAAGCGGGGGUGAUACCGCUAUCGGUGUAGAUAAUAAGAGUGUGGAGAGUUCGUCUUCAAUAGCGAAUGCCGAUAGUGUAAUUCCUAAUGAAUUGGCGGCUGCAAUUGAUAAAAGCGACGCAUGUGUAAAAGGAAAGAAGGAAGAUAGCAGCGAGUCAGCUAUCGCAAAGCCGUUAAAUAGCCUUACAGGAAAAACUGGAAAAAUAUCUUUUGGCUUAAAGCGGUUGCAUACACAAGUUCCCGUUGCAGAACAACCCCCACCAAAAGUGGUUAACUCUUUUUGCAAUGACGGGUCAUUUUUGGAAAACUUUAAGAAAAUUUUGGAAAAGCAUGAGCCCAAACCCACUCAGACAACUUUGACACCAGAAUUAAAGGCUGAUGAUCUAGCCACAGAGCCAGCCUCUGUAACACAGGCGAAUGAAUCUGCUGCGGAAGAAGAUUCACAGAAGCAAAAUGAAACUUCUGUUGAACUCAAUCAAGGACAACUUCCAAUGGGACAAACGGCCGCGCCAUCUGUGCCACCCAUUUCACAAUCAGGGAUUCAGCAGACAUUGCAACACCCCAUUAUGACAUCUAUGUCACAACCAUCAAUGCCACACCAUCAACAUCCACAUCAACUACAACAAUCCAUGGCACCAUCACCACAGCAGCACAUGCGUGCAUUCCCCCCACCACAACCAGCACAACAUCCGUCACUUUCAAGCUUGCAACCGCAAGUACAACCACCAAUACAACAUCAGGUCCAGCAAGCAAAUAUUUUGCCACCAACCCAACCACCUUUUCUAUUCAAUCAUCAUCCGCCACAACCUCCACCGGUGCCACCACCACAUCCUAUGUCGGCGGCAUUUUUCGCAGCUGCACCACCGCCUCCACCGCCGCCUCAGUUACCAAUGACUUUGGCUUUGGGUCCAUUGUAUAUGAUACCGGCGCCUGAGCCUUUGCAAUUGAAUACUAUACCGGCACCUAAGGAAUUUGAUUUAAAUGCCAUACCUAAACCACAGAUGAAUGUGGAAGCGAUUCAAAUGCCGCACGGUGUUCAACAGUCACAUCAGCAAGUUUUACAAGUGCAACAACAAAUUCAGCAGCAACAGCAACAACAGCAUCAGCACCUACAACUCCAGCAGCAGCAACAAAAAACGGAACAGCUUCUGCAAAUGCAGCAAAUACAUAAUACAUUAGAGGAUUCAGUAAAACCUCCGCCGCCACCACCUCACUUGCCGCGACAGUUACAACAAUUGCAAAGUCAACUUCCACCAAAAUUACAACAUACGCAACAGCUAAAUCAACAAACACCGCCACCACCUCCACCACCACAGCCACAGCCACAGCAACAGCGACAGGAAGAACAGGAACAGGAACAGCAACAGGCGGACCGCGAGCAUGAAAACUCCGACCAAAGUCCAGUUUUUUCAGACAACAAUGACCACAGUUGCUCGAGUAUACAGUUACCAACAACUGUUGAACAUUUAAUCGAAUUGGUUGGCGAAAAUGGUGAUGGUUAUGAAGAUAAAAUACGUUUGCAUAAAAACGAGUUGGAUCUGGCAUUGUGGUUUCUGUUUGAAAAAAAUUGCGAGCAAUACCGUAAUUACCGGCAGCAAUUGAUUGGUCACCGUCGCCGUUUAGAGCAUACACAACAAGAACCUCCACUACAAAGUCAACCACAGCAGCUAAAGCAAAGCCACUCGUUGACACAAUUGCAAAAUCAGGAUUCACUGGAAAUGGAUGAGGAGUCCAGCGAGAGUGGCGGACCGCAAGAGCAUCAGCACGAAUCGCUCUAUCUGUAUCAUCAAAGGCAACGACAGUUGAAAUUGCAGAGUGAACAGCAAGCAGCAGAAAGUGCGCAGCAAAAUGAUGUAACUGACAAAUAUGAUCCCGAGUCGGCUAUUAGUGGCGAUGUAGAUUCGGAUGAUGAAUAUAUGCGCGGCAUGUUAGAUCGUAAUCGCGAUAAUAUAAAGCGUCGCAUCGAGUGCCGCAAUGAGUUGAGCGAAGAGGAGCGCCAAGAACGUGAGGCUGAGGCCGAGCUGGAAGAGCAGCGUCGUUUGGAACGCAAGAAGCAACGCAAAAGUCGUUGGGGUGAAAAAGUACAGGCUUCAACUAGUACUGCAAGUGAUAUGAUGUCGAAUGUGCCUACUUCGUUUGCCAAUCAAAAUAAACCAAUGUUAUCCACCGUAACUCGCAAUGAUCCAGCCCUGUUGCAAUAUGCACGGCUCAAUUACGGCUCCACUAAUCUUAGCGAAGAGGAUUGGAAGAAGUGCGAAGAGCAUUACAAAGUGAAUUUGUUAUAUCAGGAUAUGAUAAGAAAACGGCAGGAAAUCGAUCGACUUGCCCGUAGUGGUAAAUUCAAAUAUGAAUAUGAUUCAGAUGAGGAUGUCGACGGUGGUACGUGGGAGCACAAAUUGCGUUGUGCGGAGAUGGAGGCAACUAAGUUAUGGGCUACAGCAUUGACGAAACAGAGUGAGGGCAAACAUCAUAUUGGCGACUUUUUGCCGCCCGAAGAGCUGAAAAAGUUUAUGGAACAGUAUGAAGCCAAGAAGAAUAAUCGCCAACCCGAUUUGAGUGAUUACAAGGAGUAUAAAUUAAAGGAAGAUAAUAUAGGCUUUCAAAUGCUACAAAAGUUAGGGUGGAAAGAGGGUCAAGGUUUGGGUACUGACGGCGCCGGUAUAGUCGAUCCCGUUAAUAAGGCACCACAAAGAGACGGUAAUCAAGGUUUGGGUGUGGCAAGCGCUGCAACGCCUGAGGAGUGCGAUAAUGAGUACGAUGCCUAUCGCAAACGCAUGAUGUUAGCAUAUCGUUUUCGACCUAAUCCAUUGAAUAAUCCACGCCGCGCCUAUUACUGAAUGUGGAAGCAUAACAGCGACGAGAGCAGACAUCCUUCUCCUGCAAUAUAUACUAAGCUAUAGCUAUAAAUAUAUGUACGUGCAUAUGUACAAACUAAAGUCAUACGUAUUUCCAUAUUGACCCGUGAAAUGUUCUCUAAUUCAACAAGUUCCCUUCAAGUUUUAAGGCUAAUAAUAAUGAUAGAAGAUAUUUGUACAUCUAAAGCGAUAACAUUGUAUUCUGUUUUCUUUAUAUACUCGGUAUAUGAAAAUUUUUUCUCAUUUUAUAUUUUAAUCUUUAUUUUUGAUUUAUUUAUUUAUCAAUUGGCUGAGCUUAACAAAUUACAAACUAAUAAUACUACAAGCAAAACUUUACUAUACUCUUGAAUAUAAAUAUGUGUGUAUUUAAGAAUGUAUGUCGUAAUAAGUGCAUUGGUUGUUGUUGUUUUAGUUGCUUAUAAAAUGCGCCAUGGAUGUUUGCAUUAAAAAAAAAA